AUGCCCCCGAAAGUAACUGGCGACCCUAAGCGACGGACAGGUGCACGCCGCAAGGUUGUUUUGGCCUGCGACUCGUGUAGAGAGAAGAAAAUUCGCUGUGACGGGAAUAAGCCCAUAUGUGGGGCAUGCAGGAGGAGAUCUUAUCGGAUUGACCAGUGCCUCUACAACCCGGAUAACGCCCGGACCGCCAGCAGAGACGAAUACUUUCAGACCCUUCAUCUUCGAAUUAGAGAACUGGAAAAUGCCUGUUUGAUGGCCGGAGUGUCCAUCGACAGUCCACUGGGCCUUCGGGCCCAACAGGAAUCCCAUAGCGAGCUCAACAGAGGCAAUGAAAUACCAGUGGAGACGGAAGGCCUUAUCAUGGCUGCCCCCACCCCGUUUGGGGAACUUGAGGAGCGAACCACUACCUCCACAGGUUUCAGGGUUGGCGGACGACCGGACCAACCGGUACUAGCCACACGCAGUGAAAGCGCAAACAGCCGGUCCAGAUUGGCAGUAGAAGAGACUACAGAGUGUUCACCGGAUGUAGGAUCUUAUGGAUCGCCGUUGUUCGCCGAUGGAGAAGCCCACGUCACUGGAAUGGGCCAGAUCACAGCUCCAGAUGCUGAAAGCAGGAAACAAUCCUCCCGAUUUCAAUUUUAUGGUAGUUCAUCCACUGCUUCACUCAUGAGGUUUGCCUGGCAGUCGCUGCCUUCACGGCCAGCAAAUUCUUCUGGUGCCGAGCUUGCUUCUAGCACGCUGCAUGAUACUUUCACCGAGUAUCGGUUCGACGAUUUUGCCCUUCUACCGCGCACGCUGGCAGACCACCUCGUCCGCUGCUUUUUCGAUCAUGUAUAUACCCUAUAUCCGUUCUUUCACCGCCCUGCGUUUGAAGCAGCCUAUCGGAAUCUCUGGCGUGCUGAGGAUGAGCCUAAGAUACCUCUCACAGACUUGAGAAUUGGACUGGGUUCCGGCGCAGAAUCCAGCCCUAAAUCAAUCGUUUUCCAUGCUGCCUUGAAUGCUAUUUUUGCUCUGGGAUGUCAAUUUGUAGAUAUCGAGGAAGUCGAAUCUGUUGCAAAUUCCUUCUUCCUUAGGUGCAAGCGCUUUAUUGGACUUGACUUUCUUGAUAUUAAUACCCUUGGUGUAGUUCAGACUCUGUUGAUAACAGCGCUAUUCUUGCAGAGCUCUCCCUAUCCCAGCCGAUGUUGGCAUUCCGUUGUUGUUGCUUGCAGGGUUGCCCUGGGUUUAGGACUCCAUGAGUCGGAUAUCCUCACCAGCUUAUCGCCCUUGGAAUCUGAUAUUCGACGCCGAACGUGGCACGGCUGUGUGAUGAUGGAUGUUACUCUGAGCAUGACGCAUGGCAGACCUACUAUGACGACUCAUCUAGCUCCUCUUCCCCCACCAGAUGACUCCGAGAUGCCCCGACAAGAUCCGCCGGGAGAACCGUCACUGCUGUCGUUUUAUAUCGAGGCUAUUAAACUCUACAGCAUCUUAGACAAGAUUUUAUCCGAUGUAUAUUGUGCCUGGUGUAGUCGGACACGCCAAGAUCGACCACAGGCGUCAACCAAGAUCUUGGGAGGCCUAGACACAAUCCUUGAAAUUGAAAGAGAACUCACUUUGUUUGAGGCUAGUACUCCUCCAUGCCUUAAGUGGGACCCGGACGCACCGGAAUUCAAUUCAGACGGUAAGCUGAACCAGGCAAUCGCCCAACAGAGAAAUGUUCUCCACGCGAGAUACUUGCAUCUUCACCUCCUCCUCCACCGUCCGAUGUUUACUCAGCUCUACGCAGAAAAAGUACGCAAAAGCGACUUUGUAGGUGGAAAUGGCAUAAGAGAAGAAUGGACCGCUCACAGUUCCGCAACCCGGAGCACUCUGUACUUCUCCACAGCUAAUAAAUCCGCCACCGCUUGCGUAAUGGCAGCCAUUGACCUGACGCACCUAGUCCAUGAGACGUACCAUACAAACGCCACCGAUGCAUGGUGCCCGAGCUGCCGGAGAGAAGCUACAAGCGUUCUAGAAUCAAUGGCAACAGUUAAACGCUCCGCGAACAACACGCUUCAGUUCCUCAAAGCUUUGUAUCGGCAAGCUGUGCCCGCUGAUAUGCAACAAACAGGCAGUCAGACUGCUGGUGCUGCUUCGCUGCAUCCAGAUAACAUGACUCAACAUUACACCCCGUUUGAUCACCCGGAUCACGACUUAACGCAAGCUCCAUUCUUCAAUUGGGAGGAAUACGCCGGAAGUAUGGGACAGGGGUUUGAUGAUUUGGGGUUUUUGACGAGGCUUGAUUUUCCUGAUACUUUACCUUGA